AUGAUAACCCUUCAAGAACCAACAGGUCAAGGUUCGAUAGAUCAACAACCUAGUGACAAAGUGCAGCAAGCGCACUACCCCAUAAAAGCAGACGUUAUCGCAGUAGAGCGGCCUAGAAUAGAUUCUCCACCUGGCAAUCAAGUUUAUCGCUACGUAGCACAUCAAAAAGAAGAUAGUAUAAGAUCAGGUGACGAUGUAGAUCUUCAAAGCGAAAGACAAGCUCCCACGUCAUCAGCCAAAGCUGUCAUGAAUUCUUUGAAGAUGCGAUUCGGUAAUCUAGCCGUGAUAACUGACAGAAUUUCUCAAAAUAUUGAGAAUUUGCCUUCGAUGAAAAAAGAAGAGGCGAGUAUUGUGGAGUUCACCACAGGAUUAAACAACGAAUUAACGAAAUUUAAAUCGCUGUAUCUGACGGAAUAUUUAGCUGGUAUACCAGUUGAAAAACUGCAACGGGAAAACUGCCGCGAAAACCAUGAUGCAAGCAGCAGCUCAAGUUUGUCAGCUUCUACUUUAUCGUUUACUGAAUCUCAAGAAUAUCACAUCCCGCGAAAGCGACAGAGACGAAAUGAUGGGUCAGGUGUAUGCUCUGCUCAACGUCAAGAGGUUAUAACCGAAGCAACUGCAAAAUUAAUUGCCACUAAUCUUCUUCCCAUCUCUUUAGUCUCAACAUCUGGUUUUAGAGAUUUUAUGGAUGUGUUAGAACCAGGUUACAAAGUGCCUUGCGAAAAGACAAUACUUCGACGGUUAGAAUGCUAUUUUGAGGAAGUUAAGUUGAAAAUUAAAAAAGACUUAAGCAAAGCGCAAAAAGUAUCUUUGACAACUGAUGAGUGGUCAUCAAGGGCACAAAAUAGCUAUCUUUCAGUCGAGGCGCAAUAUCUGGAUGAAAACUGCAAAAUGCAUCAUGCAACGCUUUGUAACGAAGUCCUUUUUGCAAGACCAACUGCUCUCAACUUUUCCAAUGAACUAAAAACCGUUAUCAAAGAUUGGGACUUAGAGAAUAAAGUGGAAGCUAUUGUUCAUGAUAGUGCAUCAGCAAUUAUUGCUGCUUGUAAUCUGCUACCUGAAAUACCGUAUAGUGUAAAAUGUAAUGCCCAUUUACUACAAUUAGUUGUACACGAUUGCUUUGCAGCUGUACCAGAUUAUGAAUCUUUGACAUCUAAAGGACAAGCAGUUGUUUCACAUUUUCGGAGAUCGAAUAUCGCCAGCAAUUCUUUAGCUCAACGCCAAAUUCAAAUGGAUAUGAAGAAGGAAAAAUUGAUUCAAAGUUGUAAUACUCGUUGGGAUUCUAAAUAUUUCAUGUUUGAAAGUUUAGUACAAAACAAAACUCCGAUCUCUGCAGUAUUAGCAGACAGACAAGUAACAAAAAGAGAUGUUGCACAAAAGCUAGAAAUUACUGAGAGUAACUGGGUCGACAUGGAGAAAUUAUUGGUUAUGUUAAAAGCCUUUCAAGUGGCAACGACUAUUUUUUGUAGCCAAACAGAUGUUACUAUUUCUGUUGUUCGCCCAGUUAUUCACUCAAUAAUCUCUAAUCAUUUAGCUACAACACCAGAAGAUAAUGCUGUUUCAAAAAAGUUUAAAAAAGAAGCAAUCUCUUCGUUAAAACGGCGAUUUCGGUUUGAAGAAAACGACUUUGAAAUAGAUAUUAUGCACAUAUCUCAAGUUUUUGAUCCAAGGCAUAAGUCUUUAUCCUGUGAGAGUGCCGAAAUGAAACAAGAAGUAGUUGAUUACGUCAAAGGACUCUUGAAUGUAGGUGAACCUAUGGAUACGGAAGACACUAAUUCACCGGUUCUAAAAUCAUCUGCCUUUGAUUUUCUUUUUGGAAGUGUACCUGCAAGUAAUUGGCAGAGUCAACUACAAAUGUACAUGGCAGAACCAGAGUUAGGAAGAAAUUUGGAUCCACUACAAUGGUGGAAAAAUCAUUCUGAUAAGUAUUCACUGAUUUUCAAAUUGGCCUUACAGUUUUUAUCAGUUCCAGCAACUUCAGCAGCGUCAGAAAGGACUUUUUCCUCUGCUGGAAAUAUUGUCACUCCGAAUAGAAACUGUCUAGGUCCUAAUAAUGUUAAUUUAUUAACAUUUUUAUACCAAAAUCGACAUUUCAUGGCAGACCGAUAA